AGAAACAUGCACUGAUAAAUGUAAAGGUAGCGAUAUCUAGGUAGAGGGAGAUGCAUGGCUACUUUACUUACUGAUAAACAUGGACACAGCUUGAGUUAAUCAUUUUUAGAAACUAACAUUUCAUCAUACGACAAAGUACUUAACAGUAUCGCUGUGGUGUUGUCGGUUUUCUUAACAUUAUAUCAGACCACACAAUACAUUUAAAAUAAUUGGAAUAUGAAAGACAUUCUCCUUGCUGUUGUGGUGACGCUGGUAGCGAGCUAUUUAUAUCAACAGUUGGAGAGACGAAACCAUGACUUGUACUUGGAGUUUAAACAAGAAAUGAAUUCUAUUUCACUGAAACACAACGAUGAAAUCCAUGCUUUGCAAUUACAACUGCUGGACUUCUAUAAGACGGAAGCAAAUCGAGCAGUAAUAGAUUUGGAGAGGACCCUGGAGGGGAAGAUUAAGCGGCUGGACGAAACUCUCUCUAGCAACGUUUUAACUCGGUUAGACGGUGUAGAAAAGACUGUAGGUGCUCCAACGGCCUUCUAUUCCAGACUAAGCAAAGAUCAUCGCGAGACAGAACCAGGGACAAUAUUGAAAUUCGAGGACGUCAAAUUAAACACAUGCGACAACUACAAACCAUUGACCGGAAAAUUUGUGGCUCCAGAAAAUGGAAUAUAUUUCUUCUUGUGGAAUUGUCUCACACAACCGGGGGGAAAUAUUUACAUUGGAGCGUACGUCAAUGGGGAACAACAAGCGGACACGUGCUCAUACUCCAGUGACACCGGCUAUGUUGCACGUCACAACUCGCAGCACCAUAGAACGGAAGGUCAGUCGGCGUCCGCCGGUAUUUCAGCGUCGGGUUCUUUUGUGUUGAAGCUCCGCACUGGUGAUGAAGUGUGGUUACAAGUUUUUCACAGACGGGCCGAGUUCCUGCAUUCCAAGUAUACCUACUUCACCGGACACAAAAUUAUAGCCUUGCCAUGAAGUGUAUCUUAUACAAAUACCACUACACUGAAACGUACAGCAGAAACUACUUCAUCAUAGUUUACAAAUGCACGGAAGUGGUGAUAACGUUCGUCUGGACAGAUGCACAAUAAUUACUGAACAGGCUAAAUCAAAGCCAUUAGUGAUGAAAAAUCGGGAAAAUUUCAUAAUCGAUAAUCGGUCGUAAUCGGAAGAACUAUAUCGAUCAAUGAUCGAUAUAAUCGGUAUUUACGUGUAGUUAAUAAAUGUUUAUUAUU